CUCUGGAUUCCAUUAUAACUUAAUUUUUUUACAUUAUAUUAAUUUCGUUUUGUUAUUGUUUGUUAUUAAUAUUUAUUUUAGUCUUUGUUUUUCCAUUAAAAUACCAUUAUAUACACAAUUACUGUAUUAACACCUUUGUACAUAUGAAUUUUUAUUCAAAUGAUCAAGAAUAAGAUAAAACAAUAAAUGCAAAGUUUUAUAUACUUUAAAAUAGUUUUUUUAAUGCUAACUAUAUUUACGGAAUCCUAUUAUAUUACCAGGAGUCCAUUUUCACUUCCUUAUAAUUUAUAUGUUGGUAAAACUACAAAAUUUGAACAUUUUAUAAUCAGCGGGAAGAGAAAUGGCAGGGAGUUAAUUAUAGGAGGAGAUUUGGAGGAAGUUCCCUCAAUUGUAAAAGAAGUCCAAACUGAGGAAUCCAAGGAGUUUGUCGAUAAAUGCUGGGAUAAAGGUUUGAAUAUUAAAGAAUCAUUAUCACUUUUAAACGAUACUUGCGGUAAUGACAACGACUCAAUCGUAAAUAACUUCUUUAAUGAAACUUCUUCUAAGUCUUCUGACACAGUUGGUAUAGUAAGUAAAGUUGAAUCUGUUCCUUACGAAGAUUUCUUCAGUGAUGAUGAAGAAGAGGAACCGAUGGAGGUUGAUUAUGGUUUAUUGUCUUAUUCUGAAAUAUUAGUAAUACUCAGAAUAAUAAAUGAGAAGAUUAACAAUUCACAAAACGACAUCAAAGCAGAAUUGAUUAAAAAAUUAAAAGAUAAUCUAAAUCUGACUGAUUCACAAGCAGAUAAACGCCUUGAAAGCCUCUACAAGAUGGGAGAUUUUUUCAUUAAUCUAAACAACACUGUUGAAAGAGAUCCUUUGGACUUGAACUGGAUCCCUAAAUUUGAAUGUAAAAUAUAUAGAUUUCUAAAGGAGAAGGGGUACACACUUUCAAGAGCCACUUGGACUGAUGGGUCUGUACUUCUAUUACUAAAAGAAAAGGACAUUCCUGAGAGCCAAAUCUCAAAUCUUCACGAUUCAGUAUAUUUAUUUAUGCAAAAGAUGGAAAGGACGGAGGAGUUUAGAGGAAUUGGUAACAUUGGUUUGAUGGUAUCAGGAAGCGAUUAAUUGAAUCUUUAAAUUUUAAAUUAUGUUAGUUUUAAAAUAAAUUCCCAUCGCACAAUAUUAUAAUUUUAUAAUUUAUUAAUUUCAUUC